AUGGCAACCUCCCAAAUCUACCCAGUCUACAAAGUAAAGUUCAGACUAUCCAUCCAAGACCCAGACAUGUACCAGUCGCGGUACCACACCAUCCUCUUCAUCCAAUCGAACGAACAAGGCCCACGCACCGGCAUAAAGCACCACGUCACCGGCGACAUCGUCACAGGAAUGCAUUACGAGGCUGUGUCAGUAGACGAUCCCGAGAAUGAUGAGAACUUUUAUUCAAAGGAGCUCAUUGGCCAUACGCGCGCGCUGAAUUAUCCCAAGAACUGGAAUGAUAUUCUCAAGUCUAUUCCUGCUCCGCCGAAGCAAAAGGCUUUCAACAAGGUGACUAUGAGGACAGAGCCGGUAAAGACUUGGGAUCCUUUGACUUUUUAUGAGGCUGGAGAACCGCGUCGGCCGUUGAUUAAAUGUACCGAGUGGAUUGAGGACCAGGCGAUUCCUAUCUUAAUUAAUGCGGGGCUUAUUCAGUGGAGGCAUGAGCGGAUUGCUGGUGCGGAUGAUUGA